UAUUACAAUGUCCAAUGUUGAUAUGGCUGAAAUUCUCUUGUCUUCGCAAAUGUUGUAGCUAUAUUUGAUAUUCUUGGCUGCAUAGAAAGUACUUUCAACUUCCAUUUACACAAAUUUCUUAGUUUUACUCUUCUGGUGUGAAAUACUCAACACAGCUGAAGCAUUUUUUCUCAUUAUCCACGCCUUUAUUCGCUGUUUUAUCAGUAUGUCGUCCGGUAGGCCAAUCAAGUGUGUUGUUGUCGGAGAUGGAACAGUUGGUAAAACAUGCAUGCUAAUAUCCUACACAACUGACAGUUUUCCAGGAGAAUAUGUUCCAACUGUGUUCGAUAACUAUUCUGCACCAAUGGUGGUUGAUGGAAUCUCAGUAAGUUUAGGUCUUUGGGAUACAGCUGGACAAGAGGACUACGAUAGACUGCGUCCUCUCUCUUAUCCACAAACUGAUGUUUUCCUAAUCUGCUUCAGUGUUGUUAGCCCAUCUUCCUUCGAAAAUGUCACUUCCAAGUGGUAUCCAGAAAUCAAACAUCACUGUCCAGAUGGACCUAUCAUUCUUGUUGGUACUAAAAUUGAUUUGCGUGAGGACAGAGAAGUGCUGAACGGUCUGAUAGACCAGGGUCAAUCUCCCGUAAAAAGAGAGCAAGGACAAAAACUAGCAAAUAAAAUUAGAGCUGUGAAAUAUAUGGAAUGUUCUGCUUUAACCCAAAGAGGUCUAAAACAGGUAUUUGAUGAGGCAGUUCGUGCAGUGUUGCGGCCAGAACCCCAGAAACGGUGCCAACGCAAAUGCUUGAUCAUGUAGUUUGAUUUUGUUGCAAAUUACUCGCAAAAUCUCCUGCUAAUAACCUGUGUUAAUUUAAAUAGCUGCCCGUCAACUGAUCCUAACUCACCGGCAUUUAAUUAUUUCAAUUAUGGAUACUCAGGGUAUUUUUAAUUUAUUUAACAAUCUGUCUGACGAAAACACCCUAGUUUUAAGUACCGAUUCAAGGUUUGUCAUCUUGUGAGCUUAACAUUUGAAGAUUGUGUAAGUGCAUCUAUUUCAGCCACCGUACUCUAUAUUUAUUUCCCACCUUACAAACAAAGGAAAAAGAUAAUGUUACUUACAUAGCAGAUCUGUUGAAUGAACUCUUAUGCUAACUUUAAGCUCUAAAAUAGAAAGGAAUUUUGCUUUGGAACUAUAGCAGAACUUCGAUGUAUCGAAUUUCUGGGGACAGGUGACAAAUGUGUCAAAUCGGAAACUGGGGGAGACUCUAUUUGACACCCUUAAAAAUGCCAAAAUAUUUGGUUUUUCCAGAUUUUUGCACACCCCCUCCCUUUCUCUUAAACCAUGAUGAUAACACUUGCAUAAUUGGCAAUAAGAACAUUUUUAGAACAAGAUGAUUGCAAGUAAAACAAAUUAUUUUUAUAACAUUCUCUACACGGAAAGCAAAGUCUCUGAACAAAAGAGUCUAGUCUUGUUUGUUUCUGGGAGGCAAUGUCUGUCGUUUUUAAAUGUUUCCAUCCAUGUUAGGUGAUCCACAAUGGCGGAGUUUACGUUGGAUUACGGACAAAGAAAUGUUCACAAUGUUUUGAACGCAGCGAUGUCUUCUUGAGGAUUUUUUCGGAACCAAGAAAAAAUUUGUAAAUUUGAAAAUUUUGUUAAAUCGAAAUUUUACUGUGAUGGGAAUUUGAUUUUUCAAAAAAAUAAUGCAUCACUAUUUUUACCCUGUAAGCUGCACAUCUACUUCGGAUGCUAUGUCUUUAAAAAAAUGGUUCCGUGGUACCAAAAAACUUGGUACUGCUUUGUAACUUGCUAACUACUCCAUGUUUUCCAAAGUAAAAAAAAAAUCUAAGACUGUUGUUCAUUCUGAUUUUCAUUCACAAUCUUUGGUUUUUGACCGGUGAUUUUACAUUAGUUAUUGUUUCUGAUUACCAUUUUUGCAUUUUUUUGAAAUCUUGAAUUGCGUCUCUUAAUUUUUUUUAUGAAUUUAUAGCUUUCAGCACAAAAUUUCAACAGGAAGCUCAUGAAGUAGAGGUUUUAUUUAUUUUCUAUUCACUUUUCAUUGAUUUUACGCCAGGAACUUUCUUAUAAACCUGAAAAUACAGCAGCAUAGUUUGUGAAACAGUUGUUGCACAGACACUCAAAGGAGCAAUCUGAGUUAGUAUCAUAGCUUAACCCAAGAACAUUGAAGAGACAUUUAGGUCAGAUUUCUUGGAGGGUCUAAAUGCGACUUCAGGCUAAAGCGAGGUCAUUUCAUCUAAAUUGGGACUCCAAGAUCUUGAGAUCAGUAGUGCCACCCUAUUGAGGGGUUGCAAUGAGAAUGUCAUAGCUCUAAGUUUUCACGUCCAAGGCAACGAAUACCGAGUGCUUUCUAAGUAUCUACAUUACAUUCUUCAAAUAUGAUUCAUUUUAUUAAGUAUAAAUAUAUUUUAUAAAUUGGAAAUAUCUUCCAUGAAGUAUACAUACAUAGUAUAGAAGAUCUUGGGCUGGAUUAAGUUUCAUGAAUUUUUGAACAAUCUGAGUUGUCAGAGAUGUUUUCUUUUGGCGAGCCUCAGACGAAUUAGUGGAGUUAGGUAAUUGGUCUUGACUGUUUUCUCCUGGGUUCCCAAUCAAAAUAUGAUUUUAUUCAUUUUUUCAGAAGUUUCUAUUAUUAAUGUUUGACUUUUGCGUAGAUUUUUUUUAUUUUUUUCCAGUUUCAUACUUAAAGUUUGAUCUUCAUUUAUCAGUUAAAAUAUUAAACCAUAGUCGUCAGCUAGUGGCACCUUAUAUUUUUCAGUAACCUCAUUAACUUUCUUGUAUUCAUUUAAAUUAAUAAUCAUUGUUCCACAAGUAAUUCAUCCAGCGUUUACCAGGAACGAAUCACCAGAACUAGUUUUGGACCCUCCUUAAAUCCAGUGACGCAUAUUUUCUUAAUUUUUAACCUCUUCCACCUCUUAUAUUCUAUGAUUUUGCAGGUUGUUUCCAGACUUCCUGAUUUUUAUCGCAAAAAAUGCAACAUAAAAAUCUAUCUCUUAUCCCCCCCCCCUAAAACGCAGUUUUCUUCAUUUAAUACAUUAAAUAAUGAUAAAUUGUACCCCCAUUUUUUUCAUAGCAACAAAAUAACUGAUCCCGCUCUCCUCUGUAAUGUAUUAAUCAUUAACGAAUGCCUCUGGAAGAAAUAGAAUUCCCUUAGAUUCUGGCUAAAAUCCUAUGAAAGUUAUUAUUGUUUACCGAUCAAUUAUAUUUCCAACGAUCAUAUUCCAGCUGCGUUGCACCUUCUAUUGUCAAUAACCAGAGAGAAUUAGACAAAACAGUGGUGCUUCUUGUCAUUAGUUGGACUUCAUUGCAGUAAGGAACUACCAUCUCUGAGUUAUUUAUAAAAGCAUCUAUCUUCAUAGGGAAACUAAUGACUUAUAGCCUGUUUCUAAAACGAGACAGAAAUAUUAGUUCCUCAUCGCAGAAUGUUGUCCAGUUGUAUGUGUUUUUUUCUUUACAAAUUUACCCUUUAAUCAUAUGAGCAUUUAUUUCAAAUAAUUCUUUUUUGUUUGCAAGGAGAUAUGCUUUGUAAGGCAAAACUGUUAUGCGUCUCCAGCGCCAUUUCACUCACAUUGAUUAGGUUAAAUGGUCAGUCUUUUGUUUUCUAGAUAUACUAGCUCAAACAGUUUUAUGAUAAUUUUACCAAAGGUUUUUUCAAUGAUUUCACUGUAAAAAUUACCAAGGAUGAAUUAUGUUUUGUAUAGUUAAGGAUGUGUAAACAAUUUCAUUGUUAUCAAAAUCAAAAACGCUGUAAGCAUCUCUUCUCAUUUAGGUAAAUGCUAAAAAUACUUGCCGAAGAAAUGAAAGUUAUUGGCCCCAUUUUUAAUCAAAACUAUUGAAAAAGAUAUUAUCACUUUAUAUUUUUUCUAGAGCAUUACACUUUCUCCUGUGAUUUAUUUACAGCCGUCAUCAGUAUUUCUUGCUUGAGAAGAAAAAAGAAAAACAUUUCUCUAAUCCCACAAUUUUUAAUUUUGAAAUUUAAACCGUAGUUUUUCUGCCAUUGAGAUCAACUUUAUCUUCAAUGCUGUAUGACUCUUAGUGAAUUAAUACCCCUAAAGUGUGAAAAUUACACUCUAAGCUUUUUUAGUUAUAAGGGUUUUCUUUUUAUUUUAUGAAAUCGGAGUCUUUUUUUUAAUAGACUAGAUAGAAGCUUGAUAACUCGGACGUAUUUUUCUUCACUAAGAAUUCGGAUAAAUUACAAGUCAAAACUAUGGGGCGAGUAACUUCGUUUCUGUUUGCAUUAAAAAUUUUGUUGAAAUUCAAUCUCUGAUCAAUUUUUCUGCAUUUGAAUUUUUAUCCCAUCUUAUACAUUUCUCUCUUUUUUUUUGUGAGUGUAUUUUUCAAAAGCGAAAACUCCAUUUUUUACGUUUUUUCUAGGAUUUUGUUAUCUGAAAAAUUUUCUCUUCAAUACUCAGCUACAAUAGCACCCUGCUUUACUUUAAUGUAGCACAUACUGAUAAGUAACUAAACAAUGUCUUAAUGCCUGCACUCAAAAGUAACUUUUUACUAAAACAUGUUUACACUUUUGUCAGAAAAGCCACCAAAGUGUUAUUUAUUAAUGGUUGUGUAUUCGGCAAUCAACAUCAAUGCUUGGUAGAACCAGAUUUAGGUCGGUACAAAGGGAGUAACAGCAUACCUUUAAACCUUCCCAGAAAACCUCCUAAAAGCAGUAGUAAAUAAUAAUUGCACCUGACGACAAUAUCCUAGAUCUGGUUCUGACACUUGGCCUCUAGUAAUAUCUAUUUUUAAUCUUACUCGGAAUCAGCAUCAAUCAAAUAGAUUAAUCCUAGUCAUAGCAUUAAAUAUUUUUGUAUAUUCUAGUUUUAAGCACUAAACUAUGAUGUUUGCAUACAACCCUCAUUAGCAGAUGACUCACGUCUGGAUGGUUGUCUGUUGUGAAAAGAAUUUUGGAUCACAGUACAUCGUAAGAUAUUCUAACGCGUAACUCACUCUGCAAUUUUUGCCAAUACACAAUCCAAAAUUGGUGCAAGUUAUUUGCAGGCGCUCAAGGUAGAUAAUUUUGAUAAGGCAACGAACUGCCAGAGUUAGUUUUUUCUUAAUGAUGAAAAUGUGUAUAUCUUGAAAGCCAAAGAGCGUUGAAAGUUUGAUUAUUUUUAGCUUUUUACGGCCCCAUGACCCCUUUGGCCAGCAAAGUAUCAAGUAAAAUGUAAGCAGUGUGUUUGCAAUUCCAUGAAUGCAUAGUACGCUCUUUCACUGUAAAAUAGAUCAAUUUUGAAUGUAAUGGUUUUUUUCUUUUUCUUUUUUUCUUUUUUUUACCAGAUUGUGAAAAUUUAUUUUGAAACUAAUACUUUUGAUUUAGAAACUAACAUUUCAAUACAAGCGUUUUACAGAAAUGGAUUGAAAACCUUCUGAUUUCAACCAGUCAAUUGAAAAGCUCAAUUGUGUUGCCAUAUUUUGUUCAGUUAGAUUUUUUUAAAUUUUUGUAAAAUUGAUUUUGAAGUUGAGUUUGCUGCAAGAACUAAAAACGGUAAUUUUCCAUACGAAAAAGAAGAAUCUAAAGACAAUCUAAACUUUAGAAUUUUGCACAAAUUUUCAGAAAAAAAUUGUGUAGCUAUUAAGUCUUGGAAGCAUGUUUUUCUUAUCAUAUCGUAGAUCUGAUAAAAACACCUUUAGUGAUAUGUAUAAGGAGGGAAUUUUUGUGAAAGGUGUUCAAAAACCCUCCUCUCAGUUGCAUUUCAUGUAGGCUUUAGUAACUGAAGUACUGCAUUUUAUUCUAAUGUAUAAAAGGUUUUUUGAAACUCUCAAGCCCCUUCAUUGUUAGUUCUCUCCUUCCGUUGGACCAGAGGUCUCUGGCUGCUAUUUGACUGCACGAUUGAUCAGGAACUUAGUAACUGGGUUUCUGUGCUCAGUAUACCAUUUUUCACCACUUUAUUGUUUCCUCAUCUGUCAUCAGAUAAAUCAUUUUAUAGCCAUUUCAGUAUAUUAUAAUGGUAUUAUCAGGUACAUGAUCCAAAUUUUGGAAAAAAAAAAAAUAAAAAAAAUAAUUGAAAAAGUGUACGGAACUAGACCUCAUUUGGAAGGCUUGAAAGAAAAAUAUUCUACUGUAAUACUCACAAUUGAAUUAUUUAAUGUCCAAAAAUUUCAUCCACGAGCGUAUUCAACAAUCGAAUAGAUAACUACCGGAGGAGAAAGGAGAGUACUCAGUACGCAUUGUCCCACAAUGUUUUCAAUUUUUGUAAAUUGUAGGAAUCAUGCAAGGUUUUAUAGGCACCUGCUACUAAAAUUCCCGUCUCCUUUCAAUGAUUAUCCGAUAGUUCAAUAAUCCGUCCCUGCUUUGCAAACAAGAAUAAGCUUGAAAGAUUAAAAUGCACAAAUGUUUUUUAAAAAAACUGUUUGGUCGUGAUCAAUGCGUUGUUUUUUUACUUUUUUCCCCUCAUCAAGUUUGUGAAUGGUUGUAUUUUUUGAUACAAGCUCAGUUCUGCCCUCUUCUGUUUCUUCCAUUUUUCGCUCAUUUAAUUUUUUACCAGGAUUUAGUUUUUUGACCUUGCAGGCAGUUCUCCAACUGAAAUUAUCAAAUAAUGUAAAUUAGAUCUUUGAUAGUGCCGACAGGAGUUUUUUCUCUCUUUUUUUUUUUAGUUAUAUUUUCUUUCAUGGUUACAUCAGUAAAAUUUAUUUCUCGUAUCUAUUAUUUUGUCGGUCUUUAAUGAAAUGUUCAACUGUUUGAUUAUAGGGCAGUGGAAAAGUUUCUCAUUUGUGAGCAAUUCGUCAGCCAGAUAUCUAUAAGAUUCAUUUUGUGAUUAUGAGCUUUCGAAGUGAUAUCUUUUUUUUGCCAUUUUCAGAUUUGAUUCUUUUCCUACCAAUUUAGUCAGUAGCAUUGAAAUUCAAAACAUUGUUUCAAAGGCUUAAAUUUUUAUCCCCUUCAAUGGGCAACCAGACAUAGUCUGGACUGGAAGAUAACGUCACAUUUUUCCUCUUCAAAAUCUUUCAUUGAAAACGAUUCACACCACGGAAAGUUCAGAAUUUAACUUCUGAACAAGUUGAUAAUACUUUUAACACAAAUCUAAUGGAAGUUAGAUCAUGCUAAAGAUGUCAUUUGUAUUUUUGCCACUGAACCCAUGUUAAUUUUAAAUAUUUAUAUCUUGUCAAGGAUGAUUUUCAGACUUCUCGUUGUGUGAUUCGUUUUCUUUGUGUUUGAAGAGCAAACGUGUUACGUAGUACUUUAACUCAUACUUGUCUAGUGGCUUUUCUUCUUCUCCUUUUUUUUCGUUCUUUCUUUUUUUUCCUGUGAAACUCGUUGUAAUUAUUUUUCUAUUGUAUGUAAAUGCUAAUGUUUGUGUCAUUCUAUCUUUCACCGUUUUUUACCUUUCUACUAUUAUUGACAAUUUUCUCAUCUAUUUUUAAGCAUUCCUCAUCAUGCAUGAGUUUCAAGAUUUCUUCGCCAGAUCAUUGAAAGCUAUUCAGAUUAUUUUUAGGUCCAGGGCCUUAUUUGAGUUCUCUUCAGAUGGAACAACUUCAAUUCAUGUUUGACUUAAUUUCUGCAUUCAUUCUUUGCUCAUCUUUUACGAAACGAAAACUUAAUGGUUAAUACUGUUCAUUGGUUUGUAGAAACAAGGAAACCUUGGUAUCGGCGGAGUUACUGGAAAAAAGAGUGCUCAACUUGCGACUAUAGGAGUCUAAAGUCGGUUUUGAUCGUUUGAAAAACGAUCACUACUGUCAUUACAUGAAAGUCAGUGUGAUUUUUCCCUCCUUACAAGGAUAUUCUCUGAAAAAAUAUUGCAAUAUCAGAUGACUUUCUUCUGGCGGAAUUAAAGUAAGGGCACAAAUUUUAAAUUCCAAAAUUGAGGCACUUACCUGUUUUCCAAGUCUCACCGUCGGUAUUUUGUCUGUUCUUCAUCGUUCAUCCCAAUGGCAGCUUAUGAAGUUUUACUCUAAUCUAAAGACUUAACUUUUCUCUCACUAUUUUUCAAAGACCAUUUAUUUUUCUUUUCUUUAUCUAGUCAACUUCCGCAUUGUCAAACUAUUUAAUUGUAGGCACUAUGAUAAUGCUAUUUUCUGUUCUUAUUUAUUUUUGAUCAUUAUUUAUACCAUCUUUUGUAUCGAUUAAAGGAAUUCAUGAUUUAAAUUA